CUCCGACACGCUACAUCGCCUCGCCUGCUCUGCCUCGUCUCUCCCCCCACGUCUCCCGCUGCUUCUCUUGCCAGUGCCGAUGCUGCUGCCGCCGCCGCUGCUGCUGCUGCUGUUGCUGCUGCAGCGGGAGACGGUUCCGCGCGAGGCCCUGACCGCUGCCGCCCGGCCCGGCACCGCCCGGCCCGACCCGACCCGACCUUGCCCGCGGGCCCGAUGCCCCGCUCCAGGUCCUGACAUCACCAUGUCGUCUCUCCUGUGAGGCUGCGCGGCAUCGUUUUUCCUCGUCAACUUCGUCGACCUCGUCGACCUCGUCGUCACCAUGGCCGAGUCGACGCUGCACAGCUCGUCCGUGCUGCGAGCCGUGGUGCUCACGGUGGCUGAACUGCCGCUGUUCCUGCACGCAACCUGCUCACAGGUGCGUCUGACCCCGGGCCUCAAGCGGCUGCUGGUGGCCAGCGCGGUGGGCAGCAUGAUGCUGUACCUGGCCGCGCGGCACAUGCGUCGCCGGCGCUGUCGCAAGAAGGGGGGCGCCGUCGACUCCCCCAUCGCCGACGCCGCCCUUAACCCCCUCGCGGCCAUCGCCAGGCUGCCGGCCCCCCGGAAAGGCCGAGCAAGCGGCCUCAGGUCGGCAGGGGCCAUGCCCCCCGCGAGGGGACCGGCUGGAGCCUCCUCCGCCAACGCCGCCAACGCCGCCAACGCCGCCGCUACGACGAGCAGCGCAGGAAGCGUCGCGGGGAGCGACGUGAAGCACUCGACCUCGGUGCAGAGCCUCGCCUCGCUGCAGGCGGAGAGCACCAGCAGGGGCUGCGACUCACGAGCCUCGGCCAGCCGGCCCUCCCAGCUGCGCUCGCGCCACAGCUCGGUGUGCGCGCCGGCCGGCAGCCCCUGGGAGCCGGCCGCCGGCGGGGGGGAAGCGCCGGCCGUGGGCAGCCACACCACCCCGGAGAACCUGUACCUGAGCGGCAUGGAGCUGUUUGAGGAGGCUCUGCGCCGGUGGGAGGAGGCGCUGUUGUGCCGCAACCGCAGGGAGCCCGUGGAGGAGCCGUGCUCCGACCCGGAGGUGAUCCGCGUCGCCGCCGGAGACGCCAUCGCCGAGGAGAGCACCGAGGACGUGAUGGACGGGGAGUUUGUAAACAAGCUGGAGACGCUGCUGACGCGCGCGUACCGCCUGCAGGAGGAGUUCGAGUGCACCAUGUCGUCCGCCACGCAGACCCCGACGCGCGACCUCGAGGGCGACAUGUCCCUGGCGGACCACUCGGGGCGGCUCUUUGGGCUCGACACCCUGAGCCUGUCGUCCGGAGAGUCCUUCGUCUCGGCGGCAGAGUUGGUGGAGGAGCUGGGCGUGGAGGCCCAGCGGGGGGCGCGGGGUCGCCUGGCGCUCUACGAGGAGGCGGCGCGGCUCGUCAGGGGCGGCCACGUCACCUGCCGCAGUCUGAGGACGGAGAUGCUGGACUGUUACAGCGACAUGGACUACCUGGCUAAACUUCACUGCGUGCGGCAAGCCUUCCAGCUGCUGCUGGAGGAGGAGCUCAACAAGAAGAUGUUCUCCAACAUGGGGCGGCUGAUCAUCGCCGGGCUGCUAGUCAAGGCUGGCAAGGAUCCCAAGGGCUUUGUGGAGUCCUACGAGGAGAUGCUGCGCUACUCAGAGGAGGCCGAGCACUGGGCCACAACGCAGGCCGAGCUCGAGGGACGUGGGGUGCGCUGCAUGAACUUCUUCGACAUCGUGCUGGACUUCAUCCUGAUGGACGCUUUCGAGGACCUGGAGAGCCCACCGUCCACCGUGCUGGCCGUCGUGCACAACCGCUGGCUGUCCGACGGCUUCAAGGAGACGGCGCUGGCCACUGCCUGCUGGUCGGUGCUCAAGGCCAAGCGGAGGCUGCUGCAGGUCCCGGACGGAUUCAUCUCGCGUUUCUACGCCAUCUCUGAGCACGUGAGCCCCGUGCUGGCCUGGGGCUUCCUGGGGUGCACGCAGCCACUCCGCGACCUCUGCAGCUUCUUCAAGGAGCAGGUGGUGUCGCUGCUGCGCGACGUCUUCGACGCGGAGAAGGUUCGCUACUCGCGCCUCGAGCACCUCGCCGACGACAUCAUCUGCCUCUUCCGCCGCCGCUCGCAGAUCCUGUGCGCGUACCUCGAGGUGCCGGAGGCCGCGGUGGGCCCCGGCGAGCUCGACGCCGCCGCCGCCGCCCCAGAGGCCGGCGGCGCGACGGAGGCCACGGUUCGGGCCAACGGCUCGGUGCGGCCGGGUGGCGCGAUGCAGGGCCGCGGGGACGGGGAGCUCGCCAACGGCCUGACGUGGGGCGACUGAGACGACGACGGCGACGAUUGUGAAGGUGGCGGCGGCGUCGUGGCGGCGACACUUGCGCCUAACGGCAAGGAGCUGGGCUCGAUUCCCCGACGAGGGCGCCUCUCUGUGCGGAGUUUGUGUGUGCUCUCUCUCUCUCUCCCCCUGUUCUGAAUGGGUUUCCUCCGAGUUCUCCGGGUUUCCUCCCAUGCUGAAAUAACCCACACUCACAAUGUAACCGCUAUUCACCGAAACAUCCCACUGCUGAGAACUCACGUUGCGAAUUACUCGAUUGGUAUCUCAGCAGCAGCAGCAGCAACGACGCCCCCUGCCCAUGAGUCUUCAGACUCUGCUGGGUAAUCGAGCGUAAGGAAGAAGAUGGCAACGACGAUGAUGACGACGAUUAAGAUCCAGGGCUUAAUAAACUCAGCCGUGUCUGUCUGUGUGGGCGAGCCCACAAUAGAAUUCACACUCCGUCAAGCACCGCUCCUCUCGCUCGCUCCCCGCCGGCUACGGGUCGCGUGCCACUUAUUCCGCUAGAAGAUGCCAGCGACGAGCCCUGAUGGAGCGGGAUGGUGGGAUCGGGGGGGGGGGGCGUGGACAGCGUUACAACUGCCCGUCUUGGUAUUCCCCGGCACUGAUUGUUGGCGUGCCGGGACGGGUACUCGUUUAAGAUCGGCCUACGACAGGCGCAGGAUAUUUUUUAACGCUCGCCGCGUGUAACCGGGAGUCGAACCUCGACUUCCGGGGUCAGAGUUCAGCGUGCGACGGCUACAUCGCCCGCGACCCACUGCUGCGGGGACGUGUCACACACGCGAAACGCGGCACAAGUUCAAACCCAGAACGCGCACGUCGGCAGCAGUCAUCGGCCCCCAAUGCCAGACUAAUGUCCGCCUGCAAGGCCAGGUGCUGAGUCACCUUGUGCUGCACAGGGGCAGCUGCCACUGAGGGUGCCCUUUUGCGAUGUAAGUUGGGGCAAAGGGUGUUCUAUCAAAAAGAAAUGAUUAUUGAGAGCGAAAUGAUUGAAAAGUCACCGAACUUUCGAUCGCACGUGUGUGUGGUUGACUUCUCGUGGAGCACAGAGGGGCGUGAUGAAGCUGGCACUACACGCAUCGACGCGCGUACGUCACAGAACGGAUGUUUAUUAUUUGCGAAUGUUAUAUUUAAUAGGGGGCGCUACGCUCACCCUAAUAUUUAUCUGCAGAAGCCGUAGAAUCGGUUCUUCACUUGAAUCGUGACCAUAAUUGCCGACUGAGGCUGUGGAAUCACGAAGCCUCUGUUAAACGUGCACCCGACCCACCCACCCACCCUUGACCGCAUUCCGGCCGCCCGAGUUCUCGUCCACUGCAGCCAGGACGAGAGUCCCCCGGUGGGUCUGCCAUGGCCCUGCUGCCCCGCUGCUCCCACCCCCACCGAGGCGUUUGCAAACAUCUGGGUUUUGUCGCCGGUUGAAUUUUUUUUUCUGACCUCUCGCUUGACUUCUUGAUCGGGGCACAGGGACGGGUGCGCGAUUGCCUGGGCGGUGGGAGGGGUUGGCAAAGAGAGAGAUGGGCAGCAUUUAAAUGUCAUGUAAUUCUAAUUUUAAUUACAUGUAAUUUUAAUUACCUGUAAUUUACAUCGCGGGGGAGUGGUGGCUCUGCACGUGGCUGCUGUGAUCCAGCGCUGUGUGGAGGCAGUGGCGAGGGUUGGUGGAUCGCUCACAGGCAGAGCCCUGGGUCGCCCAGUUUCCUCCCACGUGAAUAAUAAUCACGACUCAUCGUUAACUCAUCAAUAAUAAUAAUCAUGACUCAUCGUGAUUGGCUGAAAACAUCUUGCAAAUAAAAACCCAACGUAGCAUCGGGACCCUCCUGAAAAAUAGUCCUACGGCUCGGUCUGUCUCUCCUGGAUGCAUAGAUAUUGUUACGUAAUGAAUUUACAUAGCAGUAUAAAUAUGCAAUUUCAUUACGUUUGUAAUUGUUAUCUAAAUCGCACACCUAAAAUUAAUCCGUGUUUAGUAUCUAAAUUCCGGGAGACUGUGUCGAUCGGUGUGGCUGUGGCCACGUUACAUUAGCCCAGUGGGUUGUCAUGAGAGCGUUUGCCCCAUCGAUGUCUGCAGCGGAGGCAGCGAGUGGUCAAGUUGCCGGGCCUCGUAAACUCUAAAACGAUCAACUAUAUUUUAUUAAAUCAGGUAAGGCCCACUGAGCUACGUAGCUCUCUUUCAGAAGCGACCUGGCGAUCACAAAUGAUAGCUCAACAAAGUGGCUCAUCAUCAUCACGUGGACAUUCAUAGCAGUAGCCAAAUACUCUGAACGCGUGGUGACGUUGAUUCUAAAUGUGGAGGGGAAAACCCGGAGGACCCGGAGAAAAAUCCACGCGACCACGGGAAGAGAGACACGCAAGGUGUAGGCGCCAGGGUCGGGAUCGAACCCACGACCUGUAAACCAGGCGAGGUCGUUAACAUCUCGUGGUGGAGUGGACGUGCCUUUGUGAAAGUGGGCCAGAGGGAGGGGCUGCCUUCUCGAGUGGGACACGUGGAGAAACCGUGUCGGUGGGGUCACGGCGCUACGUGCGUCCUGGUUCGUCUUGUGAUUGAGUGGCCGUCUUGUGAGUGCGUGGCCGUUAAGAAAGCUGCUAAUUGUUUUGUGAUCAAAACCCUGGACGACGAUGCGUUCCACGCAGAAUGAUUGUAUCGCACGCAUCCGCACCGUGAAGACGUGAUUAGAAACAUGUAAUAGUGUAACCACGGUUACUGGGCACAGGCCCAACACGUCAAGCGGUCGGCAACAAACAGCACUACUGAAGGUGUAAUAUACGAGUUGGUGCAGCGCAGUGCGAGGAAGUGGAAAUAGACGUCUCUUGUCCUGUGGUGUGGUGUGUGAGUGGGUGAGUGGGCGAGCGAGCGAGUGGAUGGUUGAGUGAGUGAGUGUGUUGUGACCUGCAGUGGGAUGGUGGUGGUGAUGGUUGAACACUGUGGUGGCUGAAACCAAUGAGUCGGUGUCCGGUGUAGAACAAGUCCUCGAAGUGGGUGGAUAAAUUAACGAGCGAAGUUCACGCGGGCUGUAACCAUGGCGGUAGCGGAGCGAUUAAACAAAAUAAACUUUAAACUUGAACGUGACGACGAGGGCGUCUGAGCGCUGCAUCACCGAUCCAACCGGCGAGAAAUCCCCGACCCGGGUUCCAGGUUCCCCGGCCUCCCGACCUUCGCCGCGGCCUUCCCCCAAGACGCCGACCCCGCGAGCGGUGACCACGGCGAGCCAGACCGCCCGCCGAGACGGCCGUGGCGGCCGUGGCGGCGAGGGCUCGAGUCCCCGCGAGCUGCCUAGACGCGUGGGGCAUUCCGCGACCGACGUUACGUUUGGGUCGGGUCGCGUGAGUAGAAUGCCGCCGUGCGUGUCGUCGUCUGUAACCCAGUGCCGUGGGGGCAACGGCGAGGGUUAGUGGAUCGCCGCACGCGGAUGGGGUGCGGGAACUCUCCUCCACCUCGCGCAUGGUCACCGCCACCGCCCGGCUUGGCUGUCGGCGGAACACCACGCGGCAUGCGCCGAUCUGUGGCCGCGACCGGUGGAUGAGGGGUUGGGGGGAUAGUGGAGAUGAGCGAGACCGUGAUUAGAGGCUGCCACCCGCUCUCGACCGCCCCGCCGCGAAGCGCAGGGGAGGAGAGGUCUGACGAGCAGGACAUUUCAGGCCUGCACAUCUAUCUCCGUUCUGUGGCUCCGCAUAGCCGGGCGGUGGUGGUGGUGGCGGCUAUGCUGCUGCUGCUGCUCCACGUGGCUGCCUGAGACCCAACACUGUGUAGGCACCAGCCAGGGUUGGUAGAUCACACAAAGAUGUCGUGACACUCCCUUCCCGUGAGCGUCGCCAGGAGAAGGCAGUACAGCAAGUAGACUAACCACCAUCUGUACGGGGAUAGAGUUGUACCCCCUCACGCAAGGCGUGGAGUUUCUCCGGGUGCUCCGGUUUCCUAUCCGCGUGAAUAAUAAUAAACACCGCUCGUCAUAAAUUAUAUUAUAUUUAAAUAUCUUACAAAUAAAAGCCCAAUGUGGCGAGGUCUGUGUUACACCUCGCGAUGUGCUCCCGAUUUUAGGAUAAAAAAAUAAAAAAGAAUUACUAAACCUCGGGCCGAGGUACCGAGGCUCGGAUCUGGUUCGGGCUCGGAUUUGGCUCGGAUCUGGCUCUGGCUGGGAUCUUGCUCGGGCUCGGAUUUGGCUCGGAUCUGGUUCGGGCUCGGAUCUGGCUCAGAUUUGGCUCGGAUCUGGCUCUAGCUGGGAUCUUGCUCGGGCUCGGAUCUGGUUCGGUCUCGGAUCUGGCUCGGAUCUGGCUCGGGCUCGGAUCUGGCUCUGGCUGGGAUCUUGCUCGGGCUCGGAUCUGGCUCGGGCUCGGAUCUGGCUCGGAUCUGGCUCGGGCUCGGAUCUGGCUCUCGCUGGGAUCUUGCUCGGGCUCGGAUCUGGCUCGGAUCUGGCUCGGGCUGGGAUCUGGUAGGGCAGGAUGAGCGACCGGCUCAACGCGCACGCUCGCACCUCGGGUAAUUCGAUCCAAAUAAACAGCCAGGCCAAGGGCAUCUGCCUCAUCGCCUCGGCCACUCAAUCUGUGGUAGCACCCUCCCGAAAAAGAGUAUUGAGUGAGACUGUUACGGGUAAAUUGAUUAAAUAGCCGAUGUGUCGUAGGCAAUAUGAUCUUACAGACACGUUGAGAUGUCAACAAUUUGAGCGUCUACGUGAAUUCUAAUUGGGUCCCUUUCUCUCUCGGCAUUAAUCCCCGACACUCACGCGCGAGUGGAAAUUCACGGUGCGCGCGCGAGAUAGCGAGAGAUCGAGAGAGAGAUAGAGAGAUCGAGAGAGAUCUAGAGAGAGAGAUCGAGAGAGAGAGAUCGCAUCGCACGUUUGCCGGUCCGGCUCUUGCCUCCCGCUCUGGGCGAUCGAGUGGCAUCGGUACCAACGGGCGGGACGCCGCCUGGGAGCUCUGUCCUGCCGAGACGAUGACGAAUGCGGCGCUUUGCUAAUUGCGUUGGAGCCUCAGUCCCUCGAUGUUGUUACCCUCGCUGAAAGUGCCGGAUGAAGCGCGUGCGGAGCCUGCAGCAUAUGUUUAUAAAG